GGAAGACCCUUCACUGUCACCUCUCAACAAGGAAUGCCAUUCACUGUCACCUCUCAACAGGGAAGACUCUCCGCUCUCACCUCUCAACAGGGAAGACUCUCCGCUCUCACCUCUCAACAGGGAAGACUCUCCACUCUCACCUCUCAACAGGGAAGACCCUUCUCUCUUACCUCUCAACUCAAGGUCCACUUGUCUUUCUCUCCAGAGGUAAGUGAUCCUUCAUGACUUAUCAGAAGAGACAGUGGUCUCUUCAUCAGUCUGUCUCAGCUGCUAACCUGGGAAUAAAUACCUGCGUAUUUAAGUAUUUGCAUCUUAAAUACUUAUUUUCUGUGUAUUUGAGAAUGUUCAAAUAAUGUGGCUGAAUUCUACCUCAAUUUGAAGAUAUUUGAAAGUGUUUAAAAAUAAUUCCCUAUAAACUUUUUUCAAAUAGCCUACUUGUUUCCAAAUACAUUCCAAAUACCCUUAGGACCAAACAUACCUGGGUCCAAAUGCAUGGAGUAUUAAAGUAUUUGUAUUAUAAAAAAUACAGUUGUAUGAACGCUUUAAAAACAAUUUUUAAAGUUUUUGUCUGUUUGUAAAAACUAUCUAUUUCCACGUAUUCCUUUUGGAGGUUGUGUUGUGUUACUGUGAUGAACUAUUCUAUUCUUUCAUGUUUCAGUCACUGUCUGUCUGACAUUUAACAAAGCUGCUACAGUUGAUCUCUCAGCUAACUCCAACUCCAGUGGUAAGCUACCCUAUAGCUAGAAAACGAGCCUUUCAAGAACAUAAUGUUCAUGACUCCUCUGUGUAUUUUGGGAUGUUGUUAUGGUUUUGAAGUCUUAAAUCGGAAUUCAAUCAUUACAGAUGUUUUUCCACACUGUGCGUGUGUUUGAUUUGAAUAGCAGUGUUCCUGGGAUUUUUACACUGGAUUUUGAAAUAAACAGUCCUGUUGUGUGACCAGUUCAGUAAUGACAGAAAGUUAGGCCAAUUAUUCCCCGUAACAACUUCCUGAUGAAAACCAAACACACUUCUGAAGGUAGAGUGCAGCAGAGUCACAUGAACUGAUACUUUCCUUUCCAGUAUUUCCCCUGGACUGCCAUGAUGAUGAGAAUAAAGCAGAUCUUCAUUUUGGCCAUCUUUCUUUUUCAUCUGACCACCUCUAUUGAAGGAGGG